UGCACCCGCACCCGCGGAGACGUUCCGUGGCCGCGAAAAUCAAAGUGUCAUCCAACGCGAAGAAGAUCCGACAACUAAGAAUCAUCAGGAUAACGAGUUCGCGAUGGAACUGGUGAAGAAACGAAGGAUAGUUCCGUGAACGAAGGGUUGUGAUCUCGCGCGGGGAGGUCGUUGUACGACGGAAGCGGCCACGACUCGACGAGGAAACAAAGAAAAAAAAAAAGGACAAUCGAAACGGUGGCAAGUUCGUUAUCGGUGUACCGAGAAACCGCAACGUGGAAACGAUCAACCAGAUCGUCCACUAAUUACACCGGAUCCUUUUCUUUUUUUUUCCUCCGCUUGCUGGAAAUUGCGGUGGAGCGCGUGCCGGUUUAACCCUCGAAUGGUAUCCGGGUUAACCACCACUUGGACCAACGAAACUGCACUUGCUCGUGCGAGUUUUCAAACGAAACGCGUUCGACGUCGCGAAGUUAAUUGUAAAGUGAUUGUUGACGCGUUGAAUCUCUUCGUGAUCCAAUGCUGAUCGAGGAAUAUCAACAAACGUGACUCGGGGAUUCUUCGAAACGUCGCGAAAGUGGGGACGAGCGAAUUCUGAUGACGGAAGAAAAAAUUUAAAGUGAAUAUGAAGCGUACCGACGAAUAUCAAUCCGAUGAUCGUUCGCAGUGUUGCUUCGAGUGUAUCACAGUGUGGUGCAUAAUCGUUUAACUUGCGCGAUUAACGUUCGCGCAAGUACCAGUACUUAACAAGCUAAAUAAGAUCCUGAUCGAAAUUCGUACGUCACCCGAAUAUGGGUGCCGUGGCAAUCGAGGUGUUAAUUGUGAACGAUGAACUAGAAGUUAGAGCAUAGUGAAUCGUCUACUCUUCAAAGGAAUUCCAACGCGUGUGCGAGGGAGAAAGAUAAAGGAUAGGUGUGUUGCGAUCAGCAAGAGUAGCAAGAGUAGCGAGAACAGCAGCGGUAGUAGCAUCAGGAUAUCGUGGAAGAGGGUGCAGCAGGAGAGAGAGAUUUUUCCCCACCGCUUGGAAAAACGAACCCCCACCAAGUCGCUUAGUACGGGCAGGCGGCGGUGGCGGCGGCGGCGUGGAAGAGAGGCACGGAGGGGUAGGUUAGCCAGGGUGGUCUCGGUGGUGGCUGGGGGCGGCAGCCUCAAAAAUACACCGCAACCACACCGCGCGGCUCCACCGCAGAAGCCGCCAUCUUCCACCGGCGAACCGAAACGAGACCGCGCGAGUUAAACACCCUAUCCUACUUCCCCGUGCAAGUUGCCGCUGCCACCCGCCGAACUAACAGCGACCAAGAAGUAUCUCUGCUUCUUCUGACCGGCAGCCUGAACCGUUGUCAACCAACAGCGCGCGAAGAAAAUUCAAUUUUCCACCGGUAUGGAUAACAACAACGGACCGGAUGUCCUCUUCGAAUGACGCGUUUACCCUUCCAGUGACAAUUGGAUUUCGAGGUAGCACGCGUGUCCAUGUGGUGAUUCGAUACAGUGCUGUUCCUUGAAUUGGCAAGAAUAAUAAUGUGCGUAUGUGGCAUUUGUGUCGCGGUCGGAGCUGGCUUCGAGGAUUCCCGGCGCGGAAUUAACACCUGUUAGAUGGUCGACCGCAAGUGCUGAUGUGAUAUUAGUGGCGGAUAAUUUUGAUCGGCACGUGGCAAGUCAUCGAGAUUUCAAAUCGUAUUAAUAGUCGGAGCGAGGAUAGCCGAAUCGAACAAUGAAUGAAUGAUGAAAAGAAAGCGGGAGAGAGUGGGGUAACCGAUCAAAGAAACGAAGAAACGAGGGGUCGAUUCGACAACGAUUCCAAUAAAACGAAUUUUCUCCGCGACUUGGCAAUCGAGACGAGGAAGAAUUUGCAAACGGAUGCUCUCUUACCUCGGCCCUGUCGCGGGAUAAUGAAAUAAGGAUCAAAGGAUCGUUGGGACCACGCGGAAACUGGCGCGUGUCGUUCGAAGAAACCAACCGAACUAUGAUUAUAUAUUAAUUCAUCGUUGCUGAACAAACUUGAUAGAUUCAAAGACGUUAGGAGACAGAGUUCGAAUUAAUUAGUCAGUUUAUAGAUUAAUCAGUGCUGUGAUCGAGUGAAAAAAAGAAAGAAAAUUCAGUCGAAUUCUUCGCAGCAGUUUGCCGGCGAGCAGGAUAUUUCGAAUAAAGAGUCCGAUGAUCCUGUUCUCAUGACGAAUCCUUUACGAGAUGCACGCCCCGAGGAUCGGCCUCCAGGCUUAGACUAUCCUGACCCUAGAUUAGUUCGCAACGGUCAUCAGGAUCACCAAGGGAACUCGGUGCAUCAGAUCGGUGGCGGGAGAAUCCGACGAACAAGGACCUCGUCAUCGAGGAGAAGAAUGCACUUGACGAACGAGGUACCUCCACAAGGAUCCACUGGCGGAAAUAAUCUACCAGACUAUGCCCUUACCGCGGAUCUGCUCGCCGAAAGAACUUUGGACGGGUUGUUCGCGGAACACCCUGGGGAACUGGUUCGAACAGGUUCGCCGCACGUGGUUUGUACGGUGCUACCAGCACACUGGAGGUCAAACAAGACCCUUCCGGUUGCGUUUAAGGUGGUAGCCCUAGGCGAGGUCGGUGAUGGGACCCUGGUGACGGUUCGUGCUGGGAACGACGAAAAUUGUUGCGCGGAAUUGCGAAAUUCCACCGCGGUGAUGAAGAACCAGGUAGCGAAAUUCAACGACCUCAGGUUCGUCGGUCGAAGCGGUCGAGGAAAGAGUUUUACUCUGACGAUCAUGCUACAGACGUCACCGCCUCAAAUAGCCACCCUGUCCAAGGCGAUUAAGGUCACCGUGGAUGGACCCAGAGAACCCAGGUCCAAGACAAGACACCAAGCGUUUCAUCCUUUUCAUUUCGGACCCAGACCGUUCCCGUUCGGACACCCUCAGGAUCCUCUGGGAUUUAAGCUGUCCGGCUUGCAACACCUGAGUCUGGAGCAAGGAGCAAGUCAAGGGUGGGGUGGAUUACCCCGAGGUUCUCUGCCACCCCACUGUCUUCCACCACCUCCUGGUCACCACUCGCAUACACAUCCUCCAACAGCUGGUGCGUCGGCCUUCAAUCCCUUCCACCACAGCAUCGAGCAAAGAUCUCCUAGACUACCUGCACCUAACACCGAGUCGUCCAGGAACGAUUUGGUUCCAAUCAGCGUUUCCGUCAGAGUGGUGACACCGACAUCGUCACCUGGCAAUCCCGGACCCGGCCUGCUCACGACGGCCACCGUCGCGGCACCCACACCACCUGCCGAACCUACCACGACCACCACCACGCCCAGCCCUUCUGGACAUCAUUCUCAUUUUCAAGGUCUUCAUCUUCUGGGAGCCACAGGGUCAAUCUUCGGAUCGAUAUUCGCCCCGUUGCUGCCACAAUCGUCUUGGCUCUACAAUCCUCUCUAUCACACGCAGCAAUACGCUUUGGAGCCCGAAUGGCACGCUCUGGCGUUGAGACUAGCCCAGCAACGAUUGCAGAGGCCCGACCAAGCCAGACUGGAAGAAACCAGGAAGCUUAGGAGUCACAGCAACAGCCCGGAAAUCGACUUGAAAGAAGAGAAACAGCGAGACGACGAGCAAGAUCCGUUCCCUAGAUCCGGUCUCGACAGCCCUGACGGAAGUAUAGAGGUUGACGACAGGAACGAACACGAUCCAAACAGAGAUCGCGCGAGAAGCGACGAGUCCCUUCCGGAACAAGAUUCUCCGAGGAUAUCUCCGGUUAGAAGCGACCUCGAAGACGUCACCACGGACGUGACGUUUCAAGAUGCUUCGGUUCACCUGAGGCCCAGCAUGGAGAAUUCGAACGAUCAGGAAACGUUCAGCGACGAGCAGAUUUCGCGACGAGAUCUGGCGGUUAAAAUCCGAUUGGAGGGUACCGUGGAUCUAAGCACGAAGAGGGGACAGGAUAAAGAAAACAUGGGACAGGAUUUGACAACGAGGAAGAAGGAAGAAGACAGCGAGGUCGAGAGGGAUGGGGUCAGAGCGAGAAGAGAGACGAGCCCUAAGCCCAGACAGGUCUGGAGACCGUACUAAAGGACGAAAUUAGUCGGCUCAAAGGAUUUCUGAACGCAGCGAUAUCUUCGAAGAUAUCUGCUUGUAAAUUUGCCCGAAUCUCGAUCAGUUUACGUUAGAUAUUGUAUCGGGUCCCCGGAGAUUAUCGAAUUUCUCGACUCGUUUCGACUGAAUGUACUAGUCAGGAGUCAAUCGUGAGAGAUACUUGGUCCUUCGAUCAAGGACUCGAGGACUAACCAGGGUUUACGUUCGUAUAGCUUGUAAAUAUAAGCGGCGUCCAAUUAUCACUUUAGGUUUAAUGUCUCGCGUACGUGUUAAACGCUAUCCAUUGUCACUUGGAGUGAGAUUAAGCGAUUUUUCUCAACGAUCCUCAUCGUACCGACGUGAUUCCGACGAGAAUGACAAAGUCUGAGGGGUAAGAGAAAUUGCGCGAUGCGAAUCGUUCGAAGAAAAAGAGCUACUGUCGUUGUAAAUAUCGCAGAAUUAAGGAUACAAAGUACCAGCUAAGUCACGUUCUUGCGAGUCUACUCCUUUUUUCUUUUUCUGCUGUUUUUACAAGGAAUAUUAACCGACGAUCGGCAGCAAAUGUAACAGGGAGUAGAUCGAGCGUAAUAACUUAGGCCUGUUGACGUUCUGUGUUAAACGUGACUGGCUUGGAAAAAGAAAUAUCUUUCACUGUUUAAGUACCGUCAUCAAAUAAAGUAAUAUCAUCCGUUC